UUCUCCGCCAGCUGCCUCUGCGCCGUUGGCGUAGCAUGCUCCAAGAUGGCGUCGCGGUCGUUGGCGGCGGUGGCCGGAGCGCUGGUAGCAGCAGCAGCAGCAGCGCCGACGUGGGAAGAACUGAGAGGGGGAAUGAGGCGGCGGGCGGCGGGUGGCAGCAGUAGCAGCCAGUAGCGACCACAGAGAGGGGUCUCCCCUCCCUCCCGGCGCGUGAGACAGAGACUCCCCGGGAUAGCGGGUCCCCCACCCCCUCAGACAGGGAGACCCCGACCGCUCCCCUCCAGACCGCAGAGCCGCCGACACCCUUCGCUGGGCUCAUCCCGUAGCUGCCUCCCGGGUGGGUCUCCCUCCCGCCUCCCCACGGCAGAGAAUGAUGAAGCUCAAGUCCAACCAGACGCGCACCUACGACGGAGACGGAUACAAGAAACGGGCGGCUUGCCUCUGCUUCCGCAACGAAAGCGAGGAAGAGGUGUUGUUAGUGAGCAGUAGUCGUCAUCCAGAUAGAUGGAUUGUUCCUGGAGGUGGUAUGGAGCCGGAAGAGGAGCCCAGCGUGGCUGCUGUGCGGGAAGUUUGUGAAGAGGCUGGUGUGAAAGGGACAUUAGGAAGAUUAGUAGGAAUUUUUGAGAAUCAGGACAGGAAGCACAGAACAUAUGUUUACGUACUUAUUGUCACAGAAGUGCUGGAAGACUGGGAGGACUCUGUGAAUAUCGGAAGGAAAAGGGAAUGGUUUAAGAUAGAUGAUGCCAUAAAAGUUCUGCAGUAUCACAAACCUGUGCAGGCCUCAUACUUUGAAACCUUGAGGCAAGGCUGUUUGGCAAAUAACGGCACUCCUGUUGUGACCGCAUCAUUCUCAAAAGAGAGCACUAUGUCUGAUAUCAGAUGACUGAGGAUGUCUGUAUAAGAAAAACAGAUUUUGAAAAGUAGACUGGAACUUGGAUUUCCCUUACUCCUUCCCUCUUCUCACCUCUUUCACAUGCUUCCUCUGUCAAACAAGACAUGUGCAGCAGCCUUUGGCAGAGCAAAUGUUUGAGUAUUGCAUUCUAGUGGAAAGUGGGGUUUUCUUGCUUUUUCUUGGAUAUGUAUUUUGUAAAACACAUCUUGUGCAUGAAGUGCCCCUUCCCUAUUAACAAAAAUUUAACAGCCUGGGCAAGGCUGUUAGCUUUCCCUCCGCCUUGUCUUCUGAUAUGUUCUCUGUGUGUUUUCCCAGCCAUGACCAGACCUUUUAUCUUUUCAGUUAAAAGAAGGCUGCAAAUGUGAGAUUGGUUCUUUAAGUCUUAGACUUUGUACAGUAAGGUGCUGUUGAGAUCCGUUUGGUCACUUUCUCAGUGCAUGUGUGUAAACUUUUUUUAGAUGGAGAAACCUAACACUUUGAUUUUUGCAGAAUUUUUUUUUUUUAAACAUGGGCUUCUUCUAAAAAGAAGGGCUUCAUAAUCUUGUUUGCCUUGUUUUUUGGAAAGAAACUUUUUUUGUGAUAGUGCUAGUGACUGGGCCAGUUUGACUCCCUGCCACCUACUCCCUGAAUCAAAUUUAUUACUUUGACCUUUAGAGGAGAAGGCCAAGUUAUAAUCACUUGCAAGACAUCCCUGGUGCUCUGUUCUUUCUACAGUUUCAACCAAUAUGUCAUCUUUAACAUCGGACACAAGGAAUUGGUCACUAUCAAAAGCGUAUGGCCUCAGAAACUAAAUGAAUUCCAGCCUCAGUAAAUAGGAAUCAGGGAUGCAAAAUGAGUUUAAAAACUAGUGAACUGGAGCAUCAAGCAUCAAUGCUUUCUGCUGGUCUGGAGUUCUUUCCCUUCCUGCUGCAUACUGCUGAUGUCUCUUCCUGUCCACAUGCCUUACACUGUACUGAACUGGAUAUUGUAAUUUGUGCUAAAGCAUUGGAUUGUACUUUCUGAGUGUCAUUGCAUGGACCUUGAUGAGAUGGUCACAGGGUGUCCCUGAAAAGAAGUCUCAAGGGAAAACUUCAGGUGUUCAGUCUCCUUUAUCUUAUAGCAUUGAAGCACUUGUUAUUGCACCAUGGAGCAUGCUCAGAAUGGUGAAGUUUUACCCCACAGUGGCAAAGGUACAAAUGGCUCCCAAGCAGAAAUGCUGGUGUGGGAGAACUGUCAUUUAAUAGGAUAGUUAACCCGAUGCAUUGG